UCCAGGAAGAAGAUAAGCUGGACAAUUCAAAUUUCACCGCGUUCGUGUCAUUUGCUAGCUAGGCUAGCUAUUCGGAGUUGUGACAUUUGCGUCUCAGGAAUUAAAAAAAGCAAUUUUCUCGCAACAGUCUUUUCAAGAUGACAUCAAGGAAAAGUGAAACACUGGCCUCAUCCCUCAUCUCUGGCAUAAAUAUGGCCAUGGCACAGCUGGUGGACAUAUGGGAUAGCAUUGGCAUCAUGGAGGAGCAGAGAGUUGAACGGAUGUUGACCGUUAAGAAGCACAUAGAGGAUCUUUUGAGGGAUAUGAUCACGGAAGAGGAGUCCCUGAGGCACAGAAUCAAAUCAAGCAUUGUAAUCUCACAGAAGCAGCUUGAGGCGAUAUGUGAGGAAAUGAAGGAAGGCCCGUAUAAGCUGGAAGAGGGCCUGACCAUCCUGCAGACGGAGAAGAACCUGCGUUAUCGUCUGGAGGCACUGCAGAAGGAGAAGAAUGACCGCCUGAGGGAUCUGAAGGCUCUGCAGCUAGAGGACGAGGAGUUGUGUGUCCAGCUCUGUUCUACACCCUACUACGUGCCGUCCAAUACCGUGCCCUCCAACGAGCAGCUGAAGGCCCUGCGGGAGCACAUCCAGGACCUCACUGCUGAGAGGAGGAGCAGGCUGGCUGUGUUCACAGCGCUCCGUAAAGACAUCGCACUUCUGGCCAGUGAGAUGGGGCACGACCCAGAGACCAGCCUGGAGAGGGAGGCCGUGAGUGAUGACCCAGAUGUGUUCCUGCUGACUCACGACAAUAUCAAAGCUCUUCAGCUGCUGGUUGGGCAGCUGGGGGUGAAGAAGGGGUCUUUGAUUUUAACUCGAGACAAGCUGAAGGAACGAGCCAUGAGCCUGUGGAGUCGUUUAGAUUGCCCCGAGAAAGAUGGCGGAUUCCCUCUGGACACUCAAGGGACCCUCACUAAUGACAUUUCACGGUGGCAGAAUGAGGUAGACCGUCUGGAGGAGCUGCAGAAAGCCCAUCUGGAGGACGUCAUCGAGAAGGCCCGGCUGGAGCUGAUGGACAUGUGGGACAAGUGCCUGUUUGGACCAGAGCAGAGGGAGGCCUUCAACUGCUACUUCUGUGACGUUAAUUACACCGAGGAACUUCUGCUGUUGCACGACGCUGAGCUGGUGAAACUGAAGGAGUACCAAGAAAAAACUCGCCCCCUCCUGGAAGCUCUGGAGAAGUGGGAGAAGAACUGGGUCCUCUUUCAGGACUUUGAGAGGAAGGCGUCUGAUCCGAGCCGAUUCUCCAACAGAGGAGGAGCGCUGCUAAAGGAGACCAAGGAGAGAACCAAGGUCCAGAAGAUGCUCCCAAAGCUUGAGGAGGAGAUGAAGGGAGCAGUGGAUGCCUGGGAAAAGAGUCAGGGUUCGGCGUUCCUGGUGCGAGGACUCAAGCUUAUGGACUACAUCUCCGUUCAGAGAGAGGAGUACAAACAGCAGAAGGACAAGGAGAAGAAUGAGCGGAUGACCAAGAAGACGGAGAACACUCCCUUUAAGACUCCCACCAAAAGGCCCCCAACAGGCGCAUCUGGAGCCACCCCCAACAAGACCAGAAAGCAGACGCCCAAUCAGACGGUGUUGCGCAGUGUCAGUGUAAGCAGCCUCAGCAGUGCUUCGUCUACUUACCUGUCUGUGCCCUCAGGGAAGCCUCCAGUGGGCUCCGCCAAGAAAAACAAGAUUGAAACCAGCCUCAGAACACCUCUUCAGGUGUUCAACUGCACAGCUGAGCAAAUACCUGGCAUCACCUACUCAGACUUCACGAGUGAACUCUCUAAGAAGGCCAGUCAAGAAGCCGUACUCAACAGCACCGUACUGCUGGACGUGGAGAAGGGGAACUAGAGGCGGGGGGGGGGGGGGGGGGGGCCUCACCUUGGAGUACUGUAAGCCCAUACUCCUUUGAUUUUAAAAAAACAUGUAUGAACAAAGGGGAGGAGGAAAGGAAAAUCGUGGUAUGUAGGGGUGCUUCCAAUGAGGACCUUUUAGAAGUGGUAUGCUGUGCCUUCCAAAUACAAUGUACUGUUUGCUAUUGAAAUCCACAUAUUUACUUAUUUUUUGUCUCCCACAUUUCCCAAUUUGAAUGAGACUAUACCCACGGUCAUUUUGUUUGUGUUCGUGUGUCUUUGUAUUUGUUUUUUGUCCUUUAUUUGUAUAUAUUUAUCUUUCAAAGAACUGUUACAAGAGUCCGUUUUUUUUUUUUAAACAAAUGGAUGGGGCCAGGGAAGUUCAUGUAUUCUGUUUUGCACAUAGAAUAUGAAACAUUUGCAUUGCUUCUUCAUAUAUAAUAGAAUAACUGAAUAAAUAUUAUAUAUUUUCAAUUGAAAAAUAAAUGUUGAAUGUAUUUUU